AGAGCUCGUUUCCUUCUCUUUUUCCAGCGAAUCACACCGCCGCGCAAUCAUCCCAAUUCCCUCCCUCGAGUCGUGGGUAAAUCAAGGACUCAAACCAGCUCAGCGUGCGUGGCCGCGUCGUAUUCUUCUCCCCACCUUUCCCCAACCUCCUCCUCCCUCCAGCAAAUCCGAUCUCCCCCGACCAUGCGCAACUCCGCCGCCGCCCAGCCCCCUCCCCCCGCCGCCAUGUACGGCUCCGUACCCGCCUACGUCGCGCCGGCCUCUUCCGCCCCCGCCGGCGGCGGGUACACCUACCCGGCGCCCUCCUCCUCCGGCGGCAGCGCCGCCUACGCCAAGAUCCCCGCCUACCCCGCGCCCCCGUCGGCCUACCCCAACCCUCCCCCGCCACAGGUCUCCACCCAGGCGGGCCCGAUCCACGACCCCACGGCGCCGCCGUCCCCGCUGACCAAGGCGGCCGAGCUCGUCACGCGGUUCCGCGAGCAGGGCCAGGCGCUCAUCGCGGCGCGCCGCCCCUGGGCCGAGGUCCUCCGCGCGCCGGCCUUCUCCAAGCCGCCCUCCCUCGGGGAGGCGCUCGCCCGGAUGCGCCGCAACACCGCCUACUUCCGCGCCAACUACGCGCUGGCCGUGCUCGCCGUCGUCGCGGCCUCGCUGCUCUGGCACCCCGGCACGCUCUUCGCGCUCCUCUUCCUCUGCGCCGCCUGGUUCUUCCUCUACUUCGCGCGCCCCGCCCAGGGAGGGCAGCCGCUCAGGGUAUUCGGGGUGGAGUUCGACGACGGCACCGUCCUCGCCGCGCUCUGCGGCGUCACCGUCGUCGCCAUGCUCUUCACCAACGUCGGGUGGAACGUCGUCGGCUCCGUCAUGAUCGGGGGCACGCUGGUAGGCGCCCACGCCGCGCUGCGCUCCACCGACGACCUCUUCCUCACGGAGGAGGAGGCGGCCGGGAACGGCCUGGUGGCAGCCGGCAUGAGCGCCGCGGGGCCCAUCCUGCCCACCUACGUCCGCAUUGGUUGAUCCAGCGGCUGGCCAUGGUACGAUGACGGUUUCCAAGAUGCACUUUCGACCGGGCUGAUGUUAUUGCCUUAUUGGUUGCAAUCGCAGUUUCUUUGUAAUUACCAGGCUUAGCAGUUGGAUUUGAUCACGGAGUCUAAUAUUUGGUUGUCUUGUGGGUGUGUAAACAUGCUAGAUUUGCUUGUCAUAUCAUAUUUGUGGUGAGAUGCAAUGGUGCUAUGAACAUAUGAAGCCAUUGCUAGAUUCAGUUGGUGAUUGGUAUGGUGUUCAUAUGUGAAUCUGUUAUAUCUGAGAAUGAUAAUUGCAAUUUUGCCUGCACAUUCUAA